AUGGUGUUUCAUUUAAAUAAGUCUUAUUUACAAUUGAAAGAAGUUUAUCCUGAGGAUAAAAUACCAAAUUUGGAAAAGAGUAGUAUAUAUGGAAUUAGCUGUGAUGAUUGUGACUAUGUUAGUUCUGAAACACCCGUGUAUGGCGGUCUGGAGAUUUUGACUAAAAUAUUUCGACAAUAUUUGAAAAGUCAGCCAGAAGACCUGAAAUUGGGGGAUGGUGUACAUAUCGUUAGUACAAGAAGCGAAAACGAUGCGAGAGCUAGUACAGACGAUGGUACUAUAUUUGGAGUUGUCGAAAAAUACUUAGAGAAUCACGAGUUGAGAAUUCGAUUACCGGAACUGAUGCCAGGAGAAGGGUUUGGAAGAGCUUUUAAAGCGGCCAUGGAUCAAGUAAAUCCUAAAACUGAUGAAAGUUCAGCUAGAGGAAAAGGAGGAGGUGGUGGUGGUAAAGGAGGUGGCGGAAUGGGAGGAAUUGUCGUAUUGGGUAUGAUGAUGGGUAAGAUGAUGGCCGCCUUGGGUAUUGGUGGAGUUGGAUUAUUAGCCAUGAAAGCCCUUAUGGUAUCAGCGCUUGCUCUUAUGCUUUCCAUCAUCAUCGGUCUCAAAAAACUUGUCCAUUCCGACCACGAUGAGGGUCAUACUGUCAUACAUGCUGGUGGUCAUGGACAUGAGUAUAGGAAAAAGAGAGAGGCUAAUGAAAUGGCCUACCACGCAUGGGAAAAAUAUAAACAACAAUAG